CCGCCCUGCCUCACCCUGCCUCACCCCGCCUCACCCCUCCACCCCCCACAAUGCAACAGUGCUAUCUCUGGCUAUUCUUAGGCUGUCACUUCAGCUCCUCUGAGCAGAGGCUACACAGCACCGGCCCUACCUCCUAUCCCUCCAGCAGCUGUGGGGUUUUUAAAAACUUGGUUUAAUCGCCGUUGUCCAUUUCAGAGGAUCUUUUAGUUGUCUGGAAGAAUGAGCGCCUACACUGUGUCACUGCCCGGCCCCGGCCCUUGGGGCUUCAGGCUGCAGGGCGGGAAGGACUUCAACAUGCCGCUGACUAUAUCCAGGAUCACUCCGGGCAGCAAGGCAGCGCAGGGCAACCUGGUGCAGGGUGAUGUCAUUGUCGCCAUCGAUGGCGUCAGCACUGAGGGGAUGACUCAUCUGGAGGCCCAGAACAAGAUCAAGAUGGCCAACUACAACCUGGCACUUACCAUGUCCAAGUCGAAGCGUCCCAUUCCGCUGUCCACACCAAGAAUCGAUGCCUCUGCUAUUCCCAUGAUCCCUCACCAACAGGUUUUCUCCCCCGCUGCUCCCAACGCCGGCUUCAACCCUGGUGCUCUGGACACCGCCCUCUCUACCCAUAAGCCCAUAGAAGUGAAGGGUCCUGGCGGCAAGGCCACCAUCAUCCACGCCCAGUACAACACUCCCAUCAGCAUGUACUCGCAGGAUGCCAUCAUGGACGUCAUCGCAGGACAGACGCAGGGAAAGGGGCAUGACGCUGGCCUGAAACGACAGUCUGCUACUGGUUACGGCGUCCAGCACAAAGCUGCAGUCUCCAGCCAGUACUGUCAGCCUCCUGCCAUGUAUCAGGCUCCACAAGUCCCACCUCCCCAGCACUACCAACAAAUGCCACCACAGUACCAGCAGCCUCCCACGCAACAGUUCCAGCCCACACAGCAGAGCUCUAUCCAGAUCCCUCUUGGCUCCGCCCCUCCCAAGGUGGUCAGCACUGCUUGCAUCUACCCCUCCCAGCCAGCCUCAGCUCCCAUUCCAGCUCCAGCUCCUGCUCCAAUCCCACCUCAGCCCCGCCCUCCAGCUGCUGCCCCAGCCCCAGCCCCGGCUGGUCCUGGCUCCUCUAACAGACCCCCCUGGGUGUCCGAUACCAACUUUGCUGAUAAGUUCGACCCCAGUAAGAUGACCACCACCACCAUGAAGGUACAGCCGCUGCCCCAGGCCGCCCCUCCUCCACCAGCAUACAUCCCCAACCCCUCCCCCGCUGCACCUGCAGCUCCCAGCCCUGCCCCCAUCACUCCGAGUCCUGCUCCUUUCUCUCCUGUGGCAAGGGGCGUGGCGCAAAGGGCAGAGAGGUUCGCCGCCAGCAGCCGUACGCCUCUGUGUGGGUCCUGCAACAGCGUCAUCAGGGGCCCCUUCCUGGUAGCCCUCGGUCGGUCCUGGCACCCCGAGGAGUUUAACUGUGCCUACUGCCACAUGUCUCUGGCUGACGUCAGCUUUGUGGAGGAACAGAACAACGUCUACUGUGAAAACUGCUACGAGGAGUUCUUCGCUCCGACCUGUGCCCGCUGCAACACCAAGAUCAUGGGGGAAGUGAUGCAUGCUCUGCGGCAGACGUGGCACACCACCUGCUUCGUGUGUGCAGCCUGCGGCAAAGCCUUCGGAAACAGCCUCUUCCACAUGGAAGACGGAGAGCCGUACUGCGAGAAAGAUUAUAUCUCACUCUUCAGCACUAAGUGUCAUGGCUGUGACUUCCCGGUUGAAGCUGGUGAUAAGUUCAUUGAGGCUCUGGGUCACACCUGGCACGACACCUGCUUCGUUUGUGCGGUUUGCCAUGUGAACCUUGAGGGCCAGCCUUUCUACUCCAAGAAAGACAAACCUCUGUGCAAGAAGCAUGCUCACGCCAUCAACGUGUAGACCAACCAGCUGCAGAUCUGCCGCUCACCGGGGGCAACGCUGCCGCCCACGACAACGAACGCAAGCCAACAACAACAACAACUUUCACAGAUGUGUGUAAACGCUCUAUAUGCAAAAUACACUUUGGUUUCAGACUUUUCUUUUUGUGCAUUAAUAUUAAUGACUGAAACUACGCUGCCUGACGAUUCUGCUUCAGAACAGGAACGUAUGUAAAACAAAGUCAUGAUGUUUUCUGUUGUACAUCCAACCCACUGUAUGGUGUACUGUCAUGUUUUUUUUUUUCCUAUGUUUUGUACCAGAAAAUACUUGUGAUCAAGGUGACCGGCGUGCUGUUCAGUUCAGAAUUGGAGGAGUUUAUAUGGAGUCUGGAGUGUGCCAAAUCAAAUAACUGUAGCCUUACUAAAUUCAAUAUUUAUAAUAAUUUUAAUUAUUUAAUAAUUUAUUCUCUUUACUCAUACUGUCUUUAUGUGAUGAAAUAACAAAGUAAAAUGUAUCAUCUAAAAGAUCAUUUUAAAUUCAUUUUGCAAUUUCAUUUUCAAAUGAGAUUACAAUUUCAGACAAAAUAAGGAAAUAUGAUUAUUGCUAGCAAGAUUUAAGAAUACAUUUUUAUUAAUUCUUCAAAACAAAAUUUAAUAUACUGAUUAUAAUUAACCACUGAAAAAAACUUUUCCAGUGACACACCCGAGACUCCAUACAGUGAACUGCACAGCUGUAGUUUGUCUCUACAAUGUUGUUCUAAUCUUGGACUUGUUUUUGUGCCUAUUUUGAUUUUGACAUGUUUGGGUCUCUUGAAUGCCACCUUAAUUUUUUUCACUUUACUAAACAAAAAACAACAAAAAAUAUGUUAUAAUAUAUAAUGUUUGGUUCAGCACUACAAUAUAAAAUAUUUCAGCUGUAAUAACCAGAGAGUCCUCAGUGCAGCAGACAGAACAGUGAAGCAUCACUUUGACAUUUUUAAAGACAGAAACCGGUUUAUUUCUUGUUUUGGUUUUGACGAGAGUGUGAUUGACUCUGCUCUCAGCCCAGCCAAGUCUUGAUCUGACUGUGGGACAGUGAACAGCAGAGCAGCACAUGAAGAAACCUUAUCUGACAUGUUGUUAGAAGUGAGACUGGCAGUGAAUGUAACACAAAUGUUUUUGGAGACAGGACCUGGUGACACUUUCCACUGGCCUCCUUCCACCGGGUGAACCUGUGUUCUCAAAUAUGAAAAACAAGUCUAAGUGCACAAUGAUACUGUGUAAACCCGGUUACACCAGAACGUAAUGCAAGGGGUGGUUCUGUGAGCUUGGUGACGAAGUGACAUGGGGCAGUGCCAGAAGAGCAGUCAGGGCCCCUGCCCCAGAAUCUCUGUAUAAAGUGAUUUCUUGUGACUGAAAAUGCAAAUAAACAACUACGAAAAGAUUCAAAACAACCACAAAAUAACUAUAAAGAGAAACAAAACAGCCGCAUACGGAUGCAACACACAGCAACAAAGAUUCAACAUAAUGACUACAAAGAGGCACAAAAUGACAACAUAGACAUGCCACCGACGAUUACAAAGAGGGGCAGAACAACCACAGACACACACAACUACUUAGAGGAGACACAAAAUGACCACAAAGAGGCGCAAGACAACUAGAAAGAAACACAAAUCGACCACUAGAAAUGCAACACAACAGCUACAAAGAUACACAAAACAGCUACAGAGGGACGCAGAACGACCUCAAACAGAAGCAGCUUCUCUUUCAACUAUAAUGUCUUGUCACUUCCAUAUUUCAUCUCUACAGGGUGAGUUUGAUUCUAAAACAAGUGUAAGCUAUGUAAAGCACAUGCAGUGCGGAACUAUUUCCUGCUCUCACACAGUAUUUCAGUGUAUUUGGAGUUGUUUUUCCAGGUGAACCUGCUCAGGUGAGGCUGCUGCAGUGUGUCAGUGGUGUCUGAUGAUGUGAUGUGAAGUGUAGCUUCUAAUCCCUCUUUGACUUCACGUACAGUAGGUGUUACCAUGCAACAAAUACCCUUGAAUUUCAUAUUUAUUGACUAUUUUGACUGUGUGAUAUUUAUUUAAGAGCUAAUAUAUCAUCACUGCUGCGUUCAGUGCUCAUCAGAUUAUUAGUUGUUUAAUUUGUUUUGUGGAUGUUUGGCAUCACAAGAUGUACUUUGAGUGUUAAUGGAUUUUUUUUUGUAAUCUCUUUAUGUUUGUGAGCUUGAAUGUUUGUGGCGUUUUUCACUACAAGGCCACUUAAUAGCUCCGUUCACACUGCAGGCCUUUGGACCGUUUAUUUUUUUUAAAUUUUUUUAUUAUCUUAUAGAAAAAAUAUGAUCAUCAUUGAUAAGAUACAACUUAGAUCCGAUCGAGAUACGAGAUAUUCCUCUAUACAAGGAAACAGUCCAACAACAACCUGUCACUGUCAAUCUCCAUUCAGACUUAGAAAAGUGAAACGGUCUUGUUCGAGUUGAACUUUUAUUGCCUUGUAUUUGCAGAGAGAAAUCAGAGGUGUUUCCCAUUCACUUCAAUGCAGGCAAUGUGUUUUAGCAGCAUCUAGUGGCCAUCAGAAGAACUGCAGCUUAACAAACUGCAAUAUAAAGCACGAUCUGUUUCACAUCCCUUCUUUGUUUGCUCCAGGUACACUGAAUGACAAAAAUAAACACAGAAUCAAAGCACACAAAAUAAAUAAAAACAUCAGAACUGUUUAUCAGGCAGUGUAAACACAUCCUGAGAUACCAGUGUGUAAGAUUUAGUGGCAUAGAGCGGUGAGAUUGCAAAUUGCGACCAACUGAAACCCCUUGACUCAACCAAGCAAAUGCUAAAAGCACUAUCUAGAGGCAGCCUUCUGGGCUACUGUAGAAACAUGGUGGUUCAACAUGGCAGACUUUGUAGAACACUAGUUUCCCAUCCACAACCAUUUUGUGCAUGCCGCUAUGUGGCAAAAAAAGCAGCUUUUAUACAGACAUUUUCAGCAUUCACAAACAUUGCAACUCUUUUACAACACGGCACGCAUCAUUUAACAACUGACUGCUUGAGAAUAUUCCAUUUCUGCCAAUAGACUCUCCUAAAUGUUACACACUGGACCUUCAGGACAUACAACCUGAUGUUUUGCACUGUGAACAGGGCUUUAAAUACACUGAAUAAAUGAGUUGUUUUUCAGAUGAACUUUGACACAAGUUUCUGUGGGGAAACGUGGAGACACGUCUCGCUGCAGUGUAGGGUGCCUUUAGGCCACUCUGUGAUCUGUUUGUGUGACUGGCACACAGCUCUGACAGGUCUGUGUGCUGGUGUACAGUUUUUACUUUAAUAUUUUAUACAGUUUGUGUGUUUUCCAGAGAGUGAAUGUAUGCAUGCAGAACGUUUGUCACAGUUUGUCACAGCAUGUUGAGCAAGGCAACGUCAGUAUUAGUUAGUGUUUGUGUCAUGACAAAGAGACUACGCCCACUGUUAAACAUGAUUACAAGUGUUUGAACUGGUUUGGUGUCAAUGAGCUGCAAGUGAAACAUUAUUGAUGCAACUUAAUGACUGAAGUACGGAUGGAAGCUGGAGUAACAUUAAGCCUCUUAAACUGGUCGUAGGAGGUUCAGCUGCUUCACUACAUUUGUUUAACAGGUUUUGAAUAUUUGAAGAAUAUAUGUGUUGCAAGUCGAAUAAACUGAGCACUUCAAACACUUCAAA